AUGUCUUUCCCUGGAAAACGCAGUCCGACCAAGGUCAAACUUCCAAGUAAACAGUACGGAUAUCGUCACGCAGCAGUUGCGACGGAUAAUGUAGAAUGCUCAAAAGCCGGGCGGAACAUCCUAAAAAGGGGAGGCUCGGCAGUCGACGCUGCUAUAGCCGCCACCCUAUGUGUGGGUGUUAUUAAUAUGCACUCUACUGGAAUCGGUGGCGGAGGCUUUAUGAUGGUGUAUGACAGUUAUAAAAAGUCAGGGGAGAUGAUCGAUUUUAGAGAGACCGCUCCUGAGAAGUCUGACGAAAACUUGUUUAAAGGAAAUCCAACGAACGGUAUUAGAGGUAAGAUUGCGCAUUCCAUUUAGUUGCUGCGCCCCAAGGUGUAAACAACAACAACAAAGACUUGUUGAGCUUGUUGUUGUUGAGACUUGUUGCCAAGGAUAUAGUGUUAAUCAUAAAAACCAGCAGAAAAAUUAAGCGUUUGUGAACGCAAGGCUCCAUCCAGGAUUAGCUACAACUGUGGCCAUCCAAGUUCGUGACGCAUUCGUCUUCAUCUCGCCCGAAGAGCCAGAACAAGGUCUCUGUAGGAGGCUCAUCGUCACCCAUUUAACCUUAUUAAACAAUGGACGCAUAACGAGCCAUGAGAAAAAAAAAACGACCGUUCAAGAGACAACCAUUGGCUAGACCAUUUUCGCACUUUGCACUUUGAACAUAAACUGGAAUACGAAGGAUUCUGAUUCACAGGGUAUCCUUUCACAUGCAAAGAGUUUUUUUAAAAAUGAUAUUCACUGCAUAAGCCUCAAGUAACAUGUAUGCUAGUCCAAGAUCAGCCCUCUGGAAGAGCAAACACGAUUUACUCAUUUGCCGAGAAUAGGUUUUCUUCUUUCCUCUUCCCAGGUGGAUUAGCGGUAGCUGUUCCUGGUGAGUUGAGAGGUUUAGAGGCUGCAUGGAAGAAAUAUGGCAAGUUACCGUGGAAGGAGCUUUUUAAGCCGGCAAUAAGCAUUGCAAAGAAAGGCUUUAUCAUUCCAGAGACUGUCGACAUAGCCAUAAACAUCUGGAAGGAUAUGCUCCUAAAGGAUAAAACGUUUAGGUGAGAAGUAUGCUUGAUAAUACAGUGAAACCUCUAUUUAGCGGACACCCUCUAUUAAGCGGACACUAAGCCGGGUCCCAAAAUUAACGUCUUAUAUUUCUCUUUAUAAUGAACCCCUAUUCAGCAGACACCUGUAUUAAACGGACGCAGGCACCGGACUGAAUUUUCAAUAGUUGUAUUGGAUUACGUCCUUGAAAUACGUACUGUAGUCGAUUAAUAAAGAUAAAUUAAAAUCAAUACAUUUAGCUGUCAAUAAACUGUAGAUUAGACCGAUAUCCGGCCGUAAACGAUAAACGAUGUCCUAAAAGUCUUGCACAAAGUACAGCACAGCUUCCUUAGCUUCCUUAAAGAAUAUGGACCUCUAACACAGUACAGAGUUACCGUUAAAUGUUAAUCGGUAACAAACAUUGCGUAAUUUUUACAAUCCCUAUUACGCGGACAGCCCCUAUUAAGCGGACACUUGGGAAGGUGUCCCUUAAUAGAGGUUUCGCUGUAUCUGAUUAGAGUGAAGUAUCCAAUCCUGGCCAAAUUUUAAAUGUUAGAUUCUUCAUUCAAAAUAUUUCGCUGUUUUUGAUUGGCCCCAAUUCCAAGGCUAACUUUUCAUACCAAGUGACGCUUACUAUUCUUGGAAGCUUUGUCAUCGCGAUGUUCAGCUCUUAGACAAAAAAAUUAGAGGGUUUCAAGUGUUUAGGUGUUUUUUUUUAAUAUAGCUUCCCAGACGGAAUUUUAACUGGUGUCCUCUGCAAGAAAGUAACGCUUUGUUUUGUUAACAUUUUCUUCUCAAAGGCGAGUAUUCACUCGAAAUGGGAAACUUUUAAAGAAAGGCGACCUGCUAAGGAGACCUCAGCUUGCUAAGACACUACAAUUUAUUGCCCGAGCGGGCAGUGCAGAGCCAUUUUACAACGGUAAAAUGAGCAAAUCUCUUGUAAAAGAGGUUCAGGAAGCCGGAGGAGUUAUGAACUUGAACGACCUAAAGAACUACAGAGUCAAGUUCCGUCCGGUGUUAAAAAGUAAGCUGGAUGACAUGACAUUAUUAAGCUGCCCGCCGCCAACCGCUGGACCAGUGCUGGCACUCACUUUGAACAUUUUGGACGGUAGGAACAAUCUCAUUUGUUAACCACGUACCAAUAAAGCAAACACUUCUUGUGCCUUGUUACCACUUUUUUCCCGCUUUUUUGGGCCGGUUACGAAGGUUUUCUGCGGGUCCUGAGAGGCUCUCCGCCCGCGGGGCUCCCCGAUUGGCUCUUUCAAGUGACUGCAUCUCUUUUGAUUGGCUUAAGGAAUACUGACUUGUCUUCCGAUUUUGGUUCAACGUACUCGACUGAAAAUCGCUUUGAGUGAAUUCCAUGAAGCCUUUUCUGCAGCAAAGCGUUUUGCGUCCUGGUUCAAAGAAGUGAAAAAUGUGACAAAAUUUGGACAACUAUAUAUUAUGACGUAGUCUUAUGUACAAUGGGUGUAUUGGUAAUGUUUUAAUUUCUCGAUCUUUCUCGCCACAGGAUAUAAGAUGGGACAGAAAGACCUCGAGUCUGACCCUGUCCGCACAUAUCACCGUAUCAUUGAAGCAUUCAAAUUUGCGUACAAGUAUCGUUCAAUGUUAGCUGAUCCAGACUACGAAAGGGGUGUCAACAAGGUUCGUUAUAAUAUAAUGUCUAAAGAUCUUGUUAAUGCGUAAGGGGAAAAUCUGUCAGCUAAUAAGUUACCAUCUCUUGUGUGAACUCACCAAGAGGUUUAAAAAAAAUCACAAAGCAAAUCGCGCCGCUAGAAACGUACUAAAGCGUAAAUACAACCUCUUCCGGUAAAAGUUAUUGGCAGAGGCUUUUCUUUUUCAUUUCAUAGGUUUUUCUUUCUUAAUGACGCAGAAACACAGGCAGAGGUAAUACACAAGUGUUUUGACAUGUUAAAAUGCCCCACACUUGCACAAUCCCUAGCCCGGAUUUCACCGACAGCAACUGAGAUCUCCUAUUCAAGUAUUGUCCUUUCAGUCGGAAAUGAGACAAAUUUGUUGAAAUGAGACAAAUUUGUUUCUCAGAACCUCACUAAAAAGCUUUUAAAGGGCCCGCGGAAAGUAUAAAUGCAAACGUCCGUGUCCACUUUUUCUCAAGGCAGUUUUAAUUUGUGUCGAUGUAGAGUACUUUAAAAGAAAAUAUGCUCGUUUACUUACGAAGUGAGAAGAAAAGGACUAUCCAAAGAUUAAUUCUUUGCAUUUUCUCGACAGACUGUCAAGGAAAUGAUGAGCCUCAAGCUUGCGGACGAGUUAAGGCAGCACAUUACUGACAGAGAAACACACGACCCAAGUUACUAUGGCACCCCCCGAUAUCACGUGCCAAUCAAAACUGGAACGACACAUCUGGCAGUACUGGCAGCCAACGGAGACGCAGUGUCGCUUACAAGCACUGUCAAUGGAUAGUAAGAACACUUCUUUAGUGUAAAGCAUGUUACCGUGACUUAGUAUACUUAUGCCGGUUUGUUCUUAAUUGGAGAUGCCAACCAGUCGGGUAGCUAACUGUGUAUCUUACUGGAAAAUUGAAAAAAAAAAUUAAUUAGACAAUUAUUUUAAAAAGUAUGCCAACUUAGACUUGACAACUUCUUUGUUAUAGUUUAUUGCGUUUUAUUCAUUCAAAAAUUAGAAAUACUUUGAUGGGUGUCGUAGGAUUGUAAAGCAUAGAACGCUUGUGCUGAGCGAGGCGAAAACAAGAGAAGAUCGAAAUUAAAGGAUCCGAAAACAUUCGUUGAAUUCAAUACUUGCUCAAAUCUGUCUAAAGACUCGAAGACUCUAUAUCAUUUUAUGAGCAAAGAACCAGCGCAACCUCCUCAAUAGGAAAAUUACCAUUAAACUUGAGUCAUUAAAGGUAUUGUAAAUUGCUUUUUCACAGUUUUGGAGCAAAGUUUCUUUCAAACAAACUCGGUUUUGUCUACAACAACGAGAUGGACGACUUCAGCGCACCAAAUGUAACGAACGAGUUUGGACUGCCCCCUUCACCUGUAAAUUUCAUCAAGCCUGGCAAGAGACCACAAUCCUCAGCGGUCCCUGAGAUGAUACUUGACAAAAAAGGAAAUGUGCUGAUGACGAUUGGUGCUGCGGGCGGUACUAUUAUAACAACGUCAGUAGCACAGGUUAGUUUGUUGUAUAUAACAAUCAUUAUGUUCGAUUCACGUUAGUGACCGAGAGUGAGGGGAAAAUCUCAGACCGGGGCCUUGAUGAAAGCCGAGGUCUGAGAUUUUCCUGUAAUGACCGAGCGGACAAGGUUAAUAAGUUAUUCAUUCAGUAUUUGGCCUUUUUGGGGCUUUUCUUUAAGAGAACACAAUAAAAAAACACCGGAAUUUUCAACAUUUGCUUGCGCGCGCAAGAGGUCAUUUGAGGUCGUAGUAAAUAAGUAUCUGUACGUUAGUAUUUUUCUGACGAUGAUUGGAAAUAUAUAGUUAUAUUUUACCGGUAUUUUUUCUUGUUUUCGCCCUCGCACUCGCCUUUACUAACAGCUCCAAAGAGCCGUCCUCGCCCGCCCAUCAGCCAAUCAGAGCGCGCAGUGUAGCCUGAUUCCAUAACAUGUUGGUAAAUAAUUACGUUUUUGAGCGGUUGUUGCCACUGUGAUUGUCUCAUCAGGUUUGAAUAGUUAGAUGGAUCUAACAUCCACUAAUAUUAUUGGACGAUAACAUCAUGUUGGAGCAAUAGGUUGGAUUAGUGUGAAUGGGCUUUUAAAACUAUAAAGUUUCUGGAGUUUAAACCUGUUCAUGCCCUUAUAAGUCAGGAUACUUGUGUGAAUUUUCCUAGUACAAAGGAAGUUCUGCUGUGACCGAUUCCAAUUCCGAAUGGGAAAUUCCACCAUCAAUGGAAGAUCGAGAAUCUGCGGCUGACUCUCGCUCAGACAUUCUCACAUCUUACAACAUCUUGGUUUUUGUUUUGAAGGCAAUCAUGAACUAUUUCUGGUUUAAAAGGGAUCUGCAGAGUGCCAUCACGAUGCCGCGAGUUCACGAUCAACUAUUCCCAAGCUCUGUAUUUGCAGAAACCAAGUUUCCUAAAGAAGUAGUGAAGGGGCUUGAAGCCAUUGGACAUAAGGUUUGUAACUACUGCAAGUUUCUUCACUGUAAGGCCACAAAAAAUGACAACUGUCAAAUUGAUGCCUUUCUUUGAUUUGAUUAAAAAAAAUUCAGGGAUUGACCAAGUCCAACAAAGAAAGUCUCUCGAUCCACACCAAACAUUAAUUGUACAGGGGACGUUGUCACCGGUUAACUUAAUUGCAUUUCUAAGGACAAAAUAAGCACAGAUAGUCAUAAGACUUGGUUAAUUGAUCCCUAAAAGACUACUAGGUUACACAUUCUCUUUUUGGGUCCCCUUAGCCCGUUUUAGCAGGAGCCCAUAAUCUGGAGCGAGCAACUUCUAUGUACUCGUGUCACGGAGUUUUCACGGACCAGUUUAUUUUUAGAAGGGUUUUGGCGCGAAUUUAGAAUAUCUUUAAACUCCCACAAACCAGUCAGCAAAACCUACAGACCUACAAAUGAUAAUUUUUGCCUUUAAAUGACGUUACGUUUUCCUUUUUGAUAUCUUACACUUCGAAUGCGUUCAUAGACGUGACGUAGAUUCCAUUUUCGCGGGAAAAAUUGUCCUAUGUGUCUAAAAAUAAAUCGGUCUGUAAAAACGCCGGGAAAUAGGCCUAGUAUGGGAGUUGCUCGCUGCGGGUUAUCGGCUAGUCGUGAUCGUUAGCCCGCGCUUUUGUAUUAGGAAGCACCUCCGGCUCAAGGCUUUAAUCUGAUCUUCUGUUAUUUUUCCAAAGGUUAAAGUGAGUGACGUUAGUCAUGGUGUGGUUCAAGGAAUUGUGAAAAAACCUUACAAAUUCAAACUAGUUGAUACUCAUGGAAGACGAAAGGGAUACGUGUAUGGUCUGGUACCACAAAUCUAUGCUGAGUCUGAUUACAGAAAAGGAGGACUUCCCGCUGGAUACUAACCGUGGAACUUGGAUGCUUCAUAUUUCUAAAAUUUUGUUUACAACAUACGGUUCAACAUUAAACAUAACGCGAUGUUGCAGGUUGCUGAAUGACUAUUCAGAUUCCGCAAUUUUAGGAAAGUGAAUAUCAUUCCUCAAACGAAAAAUUACGACUUGUGAGACGGUCCUUCUUCAAGAUUACAACGUUCAACAUAUUUGAUGUCCUUUGACUCCAAUUCAACAUUUCGUUAAACAAUGUGUACAAACUGAAGCAUAUAACCCCGAAGCGGGGUUAUAUGCUUCUGGUACAAACUACUGUUCCUUAACUGAUUAACUUGAAGUAUUGCUAGGUUUGGUUCUUUCACACACAGUUUCAUUAGGACCAUAUGUAAGUUGUACGUAUGUUCAGGAGAGAUUUAACUUAUCAAAAUUAAAGCUAACGCCAAAACAAGAAAACACACACACAUACACAGAGAAAUAAACUACAUCUGUACAGUAGCUUAUAACAUGUGAGACU